GACUGUUCCCGUCGUUGUAGACUCAGUCGUUGUCAGUUGGUGUGUAUGCAGUGAGUACAGCACUAUAGAAAAGUUGGCUGUGAUGUCGUCACUGUUGCAAAUGCAAAAGGAAUUGUGUGAAGCGGUGAGGAGAGGUGAUAUUAAGUCAGUAACGCGUCUUUCGAAGAUGCUAGUUGAUAUCAAUACACGUAAUUCGAAUGGGAACACUCUUCUGAUACAAGCGUGUGAGAAUAAUAGGAAGGAGAUUGUUGAGUUUCUGCUCACUAAAUCAGCAGAUGUUAAUGGGACUGGCACUUUUGGAGAGACACCUUUGAUAACAGCAGCAAUGAAGGGGUUGGACAACAUUAUUGAUAUAUUAUUGAAGACCAAAGAUAUUAAUGUGAUAAAGGGAGAUAAUUGGGGAUGGACAGCCAUCCAUCAUGCUGCAAGAAAUAAUCACGUGACCAUUGUAGAGAGACUGGUGUCUUAUUCUGUUCCUGUUGAUAUCAAUGAUAAUGCUGGUCGUACACCACUGUGGUAUGCUGCCCGUGACGGUCGUGUGUGUUGUGUUGAUGUUCUCCUAAAACUUGGAGCGAGUCCCCAACAUGAGAGUAAGAGGCAAGGAUCACCACUGGAGAUUGCCAAGCGAUGUGGCCACAGUAAUGUGGUUGAGAUGAUGAAAGAAGUCGUAAGAUCAAAGACACCAAAGAGAGAGGAGGACGUAGCUACAGUGACGUUACUGAAAAGACAGUUGGCAGAGAAAGACGUGCAAUUGCAAUCAAAGAGCAAAGAAGUGGCAGAGAAAGACGUGCAAUUACAAUCAAAGAGCAAAGAAGUGGCAGAGAAAGACUUGCAAUUACAAUCACAGAACAGGAAGGUGGCAUCUUUGGAAGCACGAUUGGCAAGAAUCAUAGACGUAGCUAAUGUUGAGAGUGAUGAGGUUGUGCAAGAUGAUGUGACAGCAGCCAGAGUUCAAUCUACUGCUAGCUCGUUUGCUCAGUCAACAGAGGAUGGUCAUAGACGUGAUUCGUAUUCUCGUCGAGUUCUGCGUGCAAUUCAAGGAGUUGGCUCUAUCAGAUGGUAUGCACUCGGUCGUGAUUGUGGAGAAAAACCAGAUCAGCUGCAGAAAUUCACUGUUCUGGUCGACGAUUGUGAUAAAGUUCAAGCUUUAUUUGAUGUAUUGGCACAGAAAGUAGGAGAGGAACGAGCAGCAGACAAACUGCUGGACGCGUGCAAAAUCGUACAAAAUCCAAUAUUUGAGGCAGUAAAAGAAGCGAUGGACAAAAUGUAAUUUGGGAAGAUGAAGAAACAAGGGAAUGUGUUUUUGUAUUGCAUAUUAAUAGUGUUGUCGUAGUUAAAUGCUCUCAAUUGUGAUUUGUUGUCAUUUUUAAUCCGAACGUAGCAGUCUAGUGAUUGUGUAGAAAAGUGAAGACAUCGAAUGCGUUUGUAUGCUUCUGGUCAAUACUUACAUAUCAAUACAUUAGGUGUCUGUGUGGGUGUGUGUAUUGAAAUAUUAG